GUAAGUGGUUUUAGGGGGUGAGAAGUGAGAGACAGGGGCCAGCAGCCGGGCCGGCGGGGGAUCGAAGCCCCCGGGAGUUUCCUCAUGAGUUUCCUGAUUGAUUCCAGCAUCGUGGUCACUUCCCAGGUGCUCUUCUUUGGCUUUGGAUGGUUGUUCUUCAUGAGACAGCUUUUCAAGGACUAUGAGGUGCGCCAGUAUGUAGUACAAGUGAUCUUCUCUGUGACCUUUGCCUUCUCCUGUACCAUGUUUGAGCUCAUCAUCUUCGAAAUCUUGGGAGUGCUGAAUAGCAGUUCCCGUUAUUUUCACUGGAAAAUGAAUCUAUGUGUAAUUCUGCUGAUCCUUGUCUUCAUGGUGCCUUUCUAUAUCGGUUAUUUUAUUGUGAGCAACAUCCGACUCUUACAUAGACAACGAGUACUUUUUUCCUGUGGCUUAUGGUUGACCUUCAUGUACUUCUUCUGGAAAUUAGGAGAUCCAUUUCCCAUUCUCAGCCCAAAACAUGGGAUCUUGUCCAUAGAACAACUCAUCAGUCGGGUGGGUGUGAUUGGGGUCACCCUCAUGGCCCUGCUAUCUGGAUUUGGGGCUGUCAAUUGCCCAUACACCUACAUGUCCUACUUCCUCAGGAAUGUGACAGACACAGAUAUUUUAGCCCUUGAACGCCGACUGCUUCAAACCAUGGACAUGAUCAUCAGCAAAAAGAAAAGGAUAGCUGUGGCCCGAAGAAACAUGUUCCAAAGAGGAGAUGUGAACAACAAAUCAUCAGGCUUCUGGGGAAUGAUUAAGAGUGUUACCACUUCAGCCCCAGGAAGUGAAAAUCUUACUCUCAUUCAGCAGGAAGUAGAUGCUUUGGAAGAGCUAAGUAGGCAGCUCUUUCUGGAAACAGUUGAUCUCUAUGCUACAAAGGAAAGAAUAGAAUAUUCUAAAACUUUCAAAGGAAGAUAUUUUAAUGUUCUAGGUUACUUUUUCUCCGUUUACUGUGUUUGGAAAAUUUUCAUGGCAACAAUCAACAUUGUGUUUGACCGGGUUGGGAAGACCGAUCCUGUCACAAGAGGCAUCGAGAUCACAGUGAACUAUCUGGGAAUCCAAUUUGAUGUGAAAUUCUGGUCCCAGCACAUUUCUUUUAUCCUUGUUGGAAUUAUAAUUGUCACAUCUAUCAGAGGAUUACUGAUCACUCUCACCAAGUUCUUUUAUGCCAUUUCCAGCAGCAAGUCGUCCAACGUGAUCGUCCUGCUCUUGGCCCAGAUCAUGGGCAUGUAUUUUGUCUCUUCGGUACUUCUCAUCCGCAUGAGCAUGCCCCCAGAGUACCGCACCAUAAUCACUGAAGUCCUUGGAGAACUGCAGUUUAACUUCUACCACCGCUGGUUUGACGUGAUCUUCCUAGUCAGCGCUCUUUCCAGUAUCCUCUUCCUCUACCUGGCGCACAAGCAAGCUCCCGAGAAACACAUGACACCGUGAACAGAUGAGAUUCAGACCUGUUGCAGACUGCUGAAAGCCCAAGGGGCAAAGUCAGAACAUCAGAGAGGAGGGAACUGAGGGGUUGGGUUUUUUAGACGACAGAAAUGCCAUGGUGGCUUACACUGCCUCCUGCAUCUCUAUACCUCAUUCCACCAGGAUACAGUGAUCAUUUGUGUUAUCAGGAUUGGCAGGAGAGUGGGUGAGCUUGCAGGCCAUAGGACAUUUCCCAUAUUCAAUAUGGCACCCACAGUGGAAAAAUCAAAGGGAGUGGAGAUCAAAGGAAAUAUUGGAAAACCAAGGCAGAAGAGAUUGCAUUGCUGCUAUUCUUGGGUGAUUUUUUAUUUAUUUAUUUGAAUUCAGAUUUCAUCAAGAACAAGAAAGGGAAACUGGAAGUCAUUAAAAUCAAAGUUUUUGUGGUA